AAGGCAUUGUCCCUUUUCCCCACAUCACAUGCAGGGAAGUGACCUCAUUUUCAGAUGCGGAACAGAGGCCGACUUUUAGGGAAGUGUUACUCGGUAUCAACUCCCGUCCCGACCUCGGUACGGUAUAUUUAGGGAGAGGGACCUACCUGAGAUACCUAGGCCUUACAGUAGACGUCCUCUAGCUCUCGAGUCAAGUCAUUGCCGAUCCCGAGAUACAAGUCUCCCUCCAAUACCUUUCCUUACAAGCUUUAAAUACUUGUAUCUGGGCUCCUCUAAUCGAGCACGGCCCCGCGCGACUUCUUAAACUUGUAUACUACAUCGACCAUUUACAAACGGCAUCAUGUCAGACAACGCCGAAAAGGAGACCACUCCUCAGAUCGAUACGCCUGUGACAAAGGUCGAGAUUACUCCUAACAAGGUCGAAAUCAGCACGGCGCCUGAGACUCAAGCAAUCCCUCAGAAUGACAAUGUCGCUCACGCUCUUGCUGGCGCUGGAGGUGGUCUUCUGUCCAUGAUCCUGACCUACCCUCUCAUCACCCUCUCAACACGCGCUCAGGUCGAGUCUAAGAAGGCCGAGAGCAAGUUCAGCGAGGCUGUUGGCAACAUCAUCGCCCGUGAGGGUAUCUCUGGUCUCUACUCCGGUAUUAACUCGGCCCUCUUCGGCAUCAGCGUCACCAACUUUGUCUACUACUACUGGUACGAAUGGACUCGCGGUUUCUUCGAGAAGGCUGCUGCUAAGGCUGGUCGCGCUGGCGCCAAGCUCACCACCGUUGAGUCCAUGAUUGCUGGUGCUAUCGCUGGUUCGGCCACCGUCAUCAUCACCAACCCUAUCUGGGUCGUCAACACCCGAGUCACCACUCGCCAGCAGGAGAAGAAGCAGGAUGUCGAGGCUGGCGAGUCUAAGCCUGCCAAGGCUCCCAGCACCAUCGGCACUCUGUUGCUGCUCCUCAAGAACGAGGGUCCUCAGGCUCUCUUCUCUGGGGUCAUCCCAGCUCUUGUCCUCGUUAUCAACCCUAUUCUUCAGUACACUCUCUUUGAGCAACUCAAGAACACAGUUGAGAAGCGUCGCAAGGUGACUCCUACUAUCGCCUUCUUCCUCGGCGCCCUUGGCAAGCUGUUUGCUACUGCCAUCACCUACCCUUACAUCACCGUCAAGUCUCAGAUGCACGUCCAGGGCAGCGGUAAGAAGGAGGGUUCCCUUAGCGCUCUUUCUCGCAUCGUCCGUGAGAGCGGUUACUCUGGUCUCUACCGAGGUAUCGGCCCUAAAGUCACCCAGAGCGUCCUCACUGCUGCGCUCCUCUUUGCCUUCAAGGACGUUCUCUAUGAGCAGACCGUUCGUCUCCGAAUGGCCCAGGCCGCUCGCCGACGUGUCGCCGCUUAAGCUAGCUUAAGCACUGGUCCCACUAGACCUGUCUUUCUUAUCAGAACCAGGAUUGAAGAUCCCCAAUUAUUCUCGGUAUCUCAUUCCGAUUACCGAAAAGCAUUUGCGGUGAGGAUGUGUUCAGUUUGUUAUUGAAAUUGGCACAAUGGAAAUGGCGUUGUAUCUUAUAUACCUAGUAUUAGUUCAUGUUCUGUUUGAUGUUUGAAACCAGGGCUGGUAACCAGGAAUAUUGGAAGAGGGUGUUGCUCUCAUCUGGAUACCCGAAUACUCUAAGGCGGCUUUGAUGUAACAAUUCAAUUUAAGCUCAUUUUGUCAUUAUA